GAUGCAUUGUGCUGUAUCUGCUCGAACAGAUCAUUGCUUAGCUGCAGCAGAUCGUCAAAGGUAGACGACCAACUGCUGUCUCCAAAUAAGAAAUGAGAUGUAAUGCAUCCUGCAGUCCAUGCAUGCCUCCUCUUGCAAAUCGCGCAUCAUUCCUCCGUGGAAACCUUUAAGUCCUAAAAUCCAGGAAAAGAGAAUAAAAACAUUAUCAUGGACCUGAGGGAUUUUUACCUGUUGGCUGCUCUGAUUGCCUGUUUAAGGCUGGAUUCUGCUAUAGCUCAAGAACUUAUUUACACUAUUAGAGAAGAGCUGCCUGAAAAUGUACCUAUAGGAAACAUACCAAAGGACCUGAACAUUUCUCACAUCAAUGCUGCCACGGGCACCAGUGCCAGCCUUGUCUACAGACUAGUGUCUAAAGCGGGGGAUGCCCCUCUGGUCAAAGUGUCCAGUACCACCGGGGAGAUCUUUACGACAUCUAACAGAAUAGACAGAGAAAAACUCUGCGCUGGAGCUUCCUAUGCAGAAGAAAACGAGUGUUUUUUCGAACUUGAGGUGGUGAUUCUCCCCAAUGACUUUUUUAGGCUGAUCAAAAUAAAAAUCAUUGUAAAGGAUACUAAUGACAACGCACCUAUGUUUCCAUCCCCUGUCAUCAAUAUCUCCAUACCAGAAAACACUCUGAUCAACAGUCGUUUUCCAAUCCCAUCAGCCACAGAUCCCGACACAGGUUUCAACGGUGUGCAGCAGUACGAGUUGUUAAAUGGGCAGAGUGUCUUUGGACUGGAUAUUGUAGAAACUCCAGAAGGAGAGAAAUGGCCUCAACUGAUUGUGCAGCAGAACUUGGAUAGAGAGCAAAAGGACACCUAUGUGAUGAAAAUCAAAGUGGAGGAUGGAGGUACCCCCCAGAAGUCCAGCACCGCUAUUCUGCAAGUCACAGUAAGUGAUGUCAAUGAUAAUAGGCCAGUUUUUAAAGAGAGUCAAGUUGAGGUUCAUAUACCAGAGAACGCCCCUGUAGGCACUUCUGUGAUUCAGCUUCACGCUACAGAUGCAGAUAUAGGAAGCAAUGCAGAAAUCAGAUAUAUUUUUGGUGCCCAAGUUGCCCCUGCAACCAAAAGAUUUUUUGCUUUAAACAAUACCACAGGGCUGAUUACAGUUCAGAGGUCCUUAGAUCGAGAAGAGACUGCUAUUCACAAAGUGACAGUGCUGGCUAGUGAUGGUAGCUCUACUCCGGCUCGGGCAACAGUUACCAUCAAUGUCACUGAUGUAAAUGAUAACCCUCCUAACAUAGACCUCAGGUACAUAAUAAGUCCCAUCAAUGGCACAGUGUACUUAUCUGAGAAAGAUCCUGUCAAUACAAAGAUUGCCCUAAUUACAGUUUCAGAUAAGGACACUGAUGUGAAUGGCAAAGUGAUUUGUUUCAUUGAGAGAGAGGUCCCCUUUCACUUGAAGGCAGUUUACGACAACCAGUAUUUGUUAGAGACCUCUUCCUUGUUGGACUAUGAGGGCACCAAAGAAUUCAGCUUUAAAAUUGUCGCUUCUGAUUCUGGCAAGCCCAGUUUGAACCAGACUGCCCUGGUAAGAGUUAAACUGGAGGAUGAAAAUGACAACCCUCCGAUUUUCAGCCAGCCUGUAAUUGAGCUGUCAGUUUCUGAAAACAACCGUCGUGGUCUAUACUUAACAACUAUUAGUGCCACAGAUGAAGACAGUGGGAAAAAUGCAGACAUUGUUUAUCAGCUUGGCCCUAAUGCCUCCUUUUUCGAUCUGGAUCGAAAGACCGGAGUUUUGACAGCCUCCAGAGUCUUUGACAGAGAAGAACAAGAACGUUUCAUUUUCACUGUUACAGCCAGAGACAAUGGCACCCCUCCUUUGCAGAGUCAAGCAGCUGUAAUUGUUACUGUCUUGGAUGAAAAUGACAACAGCCCCAAAUUUACUCAUAAUCACUUCCAAUUUUUUGUAUCAGAGAACUUACCAAAGUAUAGCACUGUCGGGGUGAUAACGGUGACUGACGCAGAUGCCGGGGAAAAUAAAGCGGUGACCCUUUCCAUCCUGAAUGACAAUGAAAACUUUGUGCUGGAUCCUUUCUCUGGAGUUAUAAAGUCCAAUGUUUCUUUUGAUCGAGAACAGCAGAGCUCCUACACCUUUGACGUUAAGGCAAUUGAUGGAGGACAACCACCUCGCUCUUCUACAGCAAAAGUAACCAUAAAUGUCAUGGAUGUUAAUGAUAACAGCCCCGUUGUCAUCUACCCACCUUCCAAUACUUCUUUUAAGUUAGUGCCACUUUCAGCAAUUCCAGGAUCGGUAGUAGCAGAAGUAUUUGCUGUGGAUACAGACACUGGAAUGAAUGCCGAACUUAAGUAUACGAUUGUAAGUGGAAAUAACAAGGGUUUGUUUCGUAUCGACCCAGUGACCGGCAAUAUCACUCUGGAAGAAAAACCAACUCCUAAUGAUGUGGGGCUACAUCGUUUAGUUGUCAACAUAAGUGAUUUGGGUUAUCCCAAAUCCUUGCAUACUCUUGUGCUUGUAUUUUUAUAUGUAAAUGAUACUGCUGGAAAUGCCUCUUACAUUUAUGACUUGAUACGCAGGACUAUGGAAACACCUUUGGACCGGAACAUAGGGGACAGCAGCCAGCCCUACCAAAAUGAGGACUAUCUCACGAUCAUGAUUGCUAUUGUAGCAGGUGCUAUGGUUGUCAUAGUGGUGAUAUUUGUCACAGUUCUCGUGCGCUGCCGACAUGCAUCCAGAUUCAAAGCAGCCCAAAGGAGCAAACAAGGUGCUGAGUGGAUGUCUCCCAAUCAGGAGAACAAGCAAAACAAGAAAAAGAAAAGGAAGAAAAGGAAAUCUCCAAAGAGUUCUCUUUUGAACUUUGUGACCAUUGAGGAGUCCAAACCUGAUGAUGCAGUUCAUGAACCUAUCAACGGGACAAUAAGCCUUCCAGCGGAGCUGGAGGAGCAAAGUAUAGGAAGAUUUGACUGGGGCACAGCACCACCAACAACCUUUAAGCCUAACAGUCCUGAUCUUGCCAAGCAUUACAAAUCUGCCUCUCCACAGUCUGCUUUUCAUCUCAAACCUGACACUCCAGUUUCAGUGAAAAAGCACCAUGUGAUUCAGGAACUCCCGUUGGACAACACCUUUGUUGGUGGUUGUGACACCCUUUCCAAACGCUCUUCCACUAGUUCAGAUCACUUCAGUGCCUCAGAGUGCAGUUCCCAAGGAGGCUUCAAGACAAAGGGCCCCUUACACACCAGACAGGCACUGAAAUUUGGAGAUAUGCCGAAGUACUUGUGGGAGAUUUGGGUACCUGACAAACCAUGGGUGUCUCAGCGCCGUGUUACAUUUCACCUCCCCGAUGGCUCCCAGGAAAGCUGCAGUGACAGUGGUCUGGGGGACCACGAGCCGGUGGGUGGUGGAACCCUGAUCUCACACCCUCUCCCUCUGGUUCAGCCGCAGGACGAAUUCUACGACCAGGCCUCUCCGGACAAGAGGACUGAAGCUGAUGGCAACUCUGACCCCAACUCCGAUGGACCUCUUGGGCCAAGAGGAUUAGCUGAAGCUACAGAGAUGUGUACUCAAGAAUGCCUGGUUUUGGGUCACUCAGAUAACUGUUGGAUGCCUCCCAGCUUGGGUCCAUACCAACAGCCAAAGUCGCCUCUCUCCACCUUUGCACCUCAGAAAGAAUGGGUUAAGAAGGACAAACUAGUUAAUGGACACACAUUGACAAGAACCUGGAAAGAAGAUAGCAACAGAAACCAGUUCAGUGACCGAAAGCAGUAUGGUUCCAGUGAGGGCCACUUCAACACUGGCAAUCACAUGACUGACAUUCCUUUGGCCAACUUGAAGUCUUAUAAACAGGCCGCGGGAGCUGUUGAGAGUCCAAAGGAGCACCAGCUAUAAGAAAUGGUUUGGACCAUUACUUUGGACCAGUGACUUUAGCCUACUUAGACUUGUUAAUAUUGUGUGUGUGUCAGAGCUUUAUGUACUGGGUAGACCUCUAGAACUAUGCUUCACCUAGCAGAGAUAUGCAUA